GCUAAUGCAUUCAGUGAGUGCACGCCUCAUUCGGUGAGAGAUGUAUACUACUUUUCAUGAAGCAUGAUUCAGAGUUUGUACGUAACAUGGAUUAAAUGACAUCUCUCGAACGAAAACCGACUAUUCUGUAAUAAACAUUUAAUUAUGAAUCUUUGGAGCAAUAGCGCACCCGCAUUGUACAAUUAGUCCAAGUUUGGCUGCUUGUUAUAUUGCCUACAAUACCUCACUGUUGGUUCAAUCGACGCUCGCUCAGCUCUCCCGAUCAUUUGUCAUUGAGACUACGAUUUGAACGGACGCAUUCUCGCUGUCAUGCUACCUGUGUUGCUCAUCAUUUAUAACUAUAUGGACACAACUCGGGAACUAUCAUGAGACUCUUACAAGGAUUAAACAAGCCUGGAUUUAGCAUGGCCAAUAUCCGAUGUUUUGUGCACUUUUGUAUCACAUUUGUUUCAGUGUUUGAUGUUAGCUACUGUACAAUACCUGCUGAAAAGACAAUGACAUGGGGUGUUAUGUUACCUAAUUAUUACUUAGCAACUAAAGCUCAUAAUGAUAAACCAUGGUUACCUCCAGGUCGUCACUAUCCUUAUCACCUGCAAAUGAUGAUUCCUGCUUUGAGAAUAGCACUAGAGAAGAUAGAAGCAGCAGAUUAUCUACAUGGCUGGAAUGUAACAUUGCAAGUAGAAGACAGUCAUUGUUUUUCUGGAACUACUCAGUUCUUAGCAGCUGAUAUGAAGGUAGAAUCUAAAGUAUAUGCUUAUAUCGGACCAGUUUGCGAGUCUGCCCUGCUUCCAGUACAUAGGUUUGCUCAACGAUGGAAUAUACCCCUCAUUACAGUGGGAGCACAAUCAGUCAAUUACCAACACUCCAAAAUCAUUACCAAGUUUAUGCCUCCUCAUUCACAUGUUGGAAGAAUAAUUCUUGAAGUUUGGAAUACAUUCGAGUGGCAGAGAGGGAUAUUUCUCUAUCAUUUCAAUGAUAGGGGCAUGCAGGACCCCUUGUUCAUGGCUGGGGCAAGUUAUCAAUAUCUCAAAAAUGCUGGGCUGAAUUUUACACACGAGCGUUUUGAUGAAUUCUCUCAAGUUGACUAUGUAGAACUCCUUGAGAGAGCGGUAAUACCACAAACAUCAGGUAAGUACCACAUUCAGGUUAUGGGAUAA